AUGCUGGAGCACGUUUGCAGUGCGAUCGGACGGGUGCUGGACGUGAUGAUUAAGGCCUCAAGUGUUUACUCGGUGCACACGCAACUUGGUGAAGUGCUGUGCAACAUAUCGAGGAGAGGACAAAAUCCGUGGCUCGAAGGUCAAGGAAACGCUGGCGUCAAUAAUUUUGGCCAUUUAUCUCGCUGCUUUUUGAGUGACGUCCAGAAGUGGGUUCAGCUGGAUGGACUUACGAAGCUGAGUGUGUCGUGUGCAUCGCUUAGUAAGCGGCUUCGGGAUGUUGCCACUGAGAUAGUGGAAGGGAGCGAGGUCUGUUCAGAUCUCCACGCACUCUCUUCUCUUGCCUACGAUAUCUUGUGCGUCAAUGUUGUGUACAACCCACGACUUCUUCGACUGCUCAUGAGUAUCUGUCUUCCAGCUCAGCCGGCACUUUGCAUCCAGACGUUUGUGGUCUUGGAGAGCAAGAUUGAAGGAAUCAUGCACGCCUGUGGCAUUAGCUCAGCAGAAGACGAAACCCCGUCAACCAACUCGAGCAAGAACCAUAGACAGCGCUGGUCAGCUCUCAAGAAAAGCAGGCGAAACGAUGGAACACAAGCACGCCGGAAGCGCCUACGACAAGACCUUAGUGCCAGGUCUUCGUACGGGUUACGAGUGGAUUCCGGCUCGGAAUCCGACGCUAGCUGCUCUUCCGACUCCGACGGCUCCGUUCGAUCUGAGGAUUCCAGCGCAGCCGUUGAGGCUACAACGAACCGAGAAGCUUCACUCAGCCGUGAGCGCAUUCCACAUCUCCAGUCUCAUGCUUGCCAAAGCAUCGCCAUCUUGGCCGUCCUGGCUGUUCUCGAACAAUCUCAAGCCACACUGCUCAGUGCCAUCACUGCAAAAACCAGCAGCAGCGAGUCCUGCUCGUUUCCCCAUCGCCAGGAAAUUCUGGGUUACCUUCGGAUUCACGAGCUAGUCAACAAGGCGAUUAGCGACGAUCGAGAUUUCUCGUGGGGGACCCGGAAAGUGCUGCUGAAGAUCCUUCACAUGAUUGAAUUAGGUCUACGUAUCGGCAAGGCAAGUGGGGUGCUGCGGACAAGAGACGAGUCUGGCCUAUUGAACGACACCACAAUCUGGAUCUAUGAAUCUUCGGUCACGUCGGCACUGAAUAGUCGAGCGUGGGUUGAAGGGAUUAAGGAUGCAAGUCAAGACCCUGGAACGAAAGCGAAGGUAUCUGCAACUUUACUCAAGAUGGAUAUUUUCUUCCUGCAAGUUCCGAGCACCGUACAAUUGUGGCUGAAGGAGGAGCGCUUAAAGAUAUUGGUGGCGAUUGUUAAAGAGAAGAUUUCCCCAACAGACCAGGGAAGCGUCCGCCAAGGCAAAGCCAAGGCUCGACCGCGUCUGCUUGGUGUAGUUCCGAUCGUGAAGAAGCGGCGGAAGCGCCUGCGAAGUCGCCACCCUAUCAUCGACGCGUUCCUGAACGAAGAAGACGGCGCAGAUGCCUUUGCUGAUUUGGAAGACUUCAUUGAAUAG